UACAAUUAAACCACAGCUUCCUUGUUCCUCGAAUGAGGUCAGCAAACCCAGCAGUUUAUUGUUCCUGGAGUAUGUAUACAUACAUGUAAUAUUUAAAAGGAAUUUAUUUAUUCUCUGUCAAGACAAAUCUAUGAUCAAAACAGCAGGAUGAGGAGGAUGAGUGUAUUCCCACAGCAUGGCACAGCUCUGGGAACCCUGGGACUUACUGCAAACGAAAUCCGACAGGAAGUUGAAAACAAUACAUCUGAACUGGUAUCAGACCUGGUUAACCUGUCAGCCGGAGGCAGAUUUCAAGCAAUUCGAUCAUUACCUAUGUCAUUUAAUGAGAGGAAAACAAUCAGGAAUAGAGUGAACUCUGUCAAACUCUCAAAGACCAUCCUCCCUGCAGACUGUCGUCAACAGGUGUCUCGGUCUUUCCGCAGAUUUCGCGCCGGCUUGGCAUCAGCCAGACAGCAUUUGGUUGUAUGGCAGGACACCCUGAAGGAGAUCGGGGGCAGGUUUGGCACUUCUGUCCUCUCCUACUUCUUGUUCCUUAAAUGGCUGCUGAAGUUCAACCUCUUCUCCCUCCUCAUCAACUUCUGCUUCAUCACAAUCCCACAAAUUGUGCAUGCGCCCAAUAUCAGCAGCGUCACAGGGUUCAGAGGACUUGAGCUCCUCACAGGGGUGGGUUAUUUCAACCAGACGGUCUUGUUCUAUGGUGGUUAUAAUGGUGAAGUGAUUGUAUCCACACCAGCCUACAACAUGCAGUUGGCCUACUUUUUCACCAUAGCUGCAUAUCUGGUGCUGUGUGGGGUGUCUCUUAUCUACAGCAUGUCCAGAUCCUUUCAGAAUAACUUUGUGCUGGAGACAGGACCCGUCUCUGGAGGAGCAUGGCGUCUCUUGUGCAGCUGGGACUUCAGUGUUGUCAAUGAAAAAGCCAUUCAGUACAACAAGAACAACCUCGGCAUUCAGCUGAAGGAGUCCUUAUCUGAACGUUUACAGGAGAAAAACAAAACGUCUCUGUCUGACAGAAUAAAGCGUCUGUCUCUCCACCUACUGGCCUGGCUGCUCUCUUUAGGACUCGCCCUAGGCUCCAGUGCAGGGAUCUACUUCCUGGGGAAAGAUCAGCUGACCUUUAAUUUCGAUCACGAUCCAAAUGAUUUAAAGGCCGAGGCAUCUACUCUGCUUCUGCCUGUGGUUGUGUCUCUCAUCAACCUGAUCGUGCCUCUCCUCUUCUCCCUCAUCAGCAAAAUGGAGAGCUACUCCAAUCCACGUGCACAGAUCUACAUAAGCAUCAUCAGAAAUGUUGUUUUGAAGAUGUCCCUUCUUGGAAUUCUUUGCUUUUACUGGCUGAAUGUUGUUCCCAACGAAAUCUCAUGUUGGGAGUCCUUUGUGGGGCAGAGUGUGUAUCGACUGCUGAUAAUUGACUUCAUAUUCUGUCUACUCGGCAUUUUCUUUGGGGAAUUCCUACGCAAUGUAAUCGGAACCAUGUGCAUCCAGAGCCUUGGCGUCCCAGAGUUUGACAUUGCUAGGAAUGUACUUGAUCUGAUCUAUGCCCAGACUCUGGCUUGGAUUGGAAUUUACUUCUCCCCCCUACUUCCUGUAAUGCAAGUCCUUAAAUUGUUUAUCAUCUUUUACUUGAAAAAGAUCAGUCUGAGCAUGAACUGUCAGCCUCCCAAACACACGGGCAGAGCCGCACAGAUACAGACGGUCUUCAUCGCCCUGCUCUUCUUCCCCUCAUUUGUGGGCACGCUGUCCAUGGUAGCAUUCACAGUGUGGAGCCUGCAGCCCUCAGAUCAGUGUGGGCCCUUCCAGGGUCUCGACACCCCCUUCUACGCCAUUUUCAAUUGGAUCGAUUCAAUCCAGGACCCUCCUGAAAGUAAAUGGGUCUGGUGGAUAUUUGAAAACGUACUGAGAAGUGAACUCUUCUACUAUCUGAUUAGCCUCAUCAUCCUAGUCAUCACUUUUUUUCUCUGGCAAAUCACUCAGGGACGGAAACAGCUCAUCAAGACUCUGCGAGAGCAGAUUGUGAAUGAAGGAAAGGACAAAGUGUUUCUCUUGAAUAAACUACAAACUAUACAGAAGCAGAGAAGGGAAAUGGCAUCUUACAUACCUCAGGACUUCGACCAGACACCACAUUUCAACACAAACUGGAUGAAUACUCUGCCCUUCGAUAUGUGACAUUAUAUUCUCUGAUUAUUUUUGAUGUACAUGCAUUUUUCUGUAAAUAUUGCAUUUAUCUGUAACUUAUUCAGAAAAAUCUAACUAUCCUCUGUGUAUUGGAUGGGGAGAGGAAUUGUUUGGAAACCAUGUGUUCCCACAACUUAAUUUGUUCCCUCUUUUUCAUUUAGUUAAAUAAUGGCUACAACUUAACUAAAACAGAAGAACAAUUUAAUAAGUCAUGGAAAUUAAUUCUAAAUGCAUUGGCCAUUAUAUCCUUUUUUCACCCCGCAAGUCAUGUGCAGGGCUCCGUACUUUCCUCAUGAUAAGUAGGAAAAACAAGCUAACAUUUUACCCCUAGUCAUAUCCUAAUCAUUUAUUCUGAUAUCUUUGUAAAUAUCAACAAAUAAAUAUUUUAAUAUGUAAAUAAGUGUCAUCUGUGGUGAGCGAUGUUGGAUGUAAAGAACCUCAAAACUUUGUUUUACUGAUAACAAUAUCAAUUUUAUUGUGGAAAAAGUCGUUGCUUUCAUACACUUAAGAACUGUACAAUCAAUAAUUUAAAAAAAUGUUUUUCAUUGUUAUUGUUGCAAGAACUUCUGAUAAUUAUGCAGGUAUUUCAGCAGCUUUUAGCUUCAACCAAAGGAAAAUAGUGU